UUCCUUAACUGAAUCAUUAUAAUCCAACACAAUUGUUAAGCAGUGGAUGGAUAAGAAGGAAAGAUCCACAUACAUUACAUUCUAUAAAUAAAUAGUUUCAAUGUUUCAAUCUUCUCCUUUGAUUGCUAAUAGGAAAAAUGGGUGUUGAAGCAAACGUGGAUGGUCCAUCCAAAUAUCCAGGAAAACUCACCUUUAGGGUGAUUAUCACUUGUAUCAUGGCUGCCACUGGUGGAUUAAUCUUUGGUUAUGAUCAUGGUGUUUCAGGUGGAGUAACAUCAAUGGAUUCUUUCUUGAAACGAUUUUUUCCAUCUGUUUAUGAACAGGAAUCAAAUUUGAAACCUUCUGCAAAUCAAUAUUGCAAAUUCAACAGUCAAAUACUGACAUUGUUUACAUCUUCCCUUUAUAUAAGUGCUCUUGUUGCUGGUCUUGGGGCAUCAAGCAUAACAAGAGCUUUAGGUAGGCGAACAACGAUGAUUUUGGGUGGAAUAUUCUUUGUGUCGGGCGCAUUACUCAAUGGAUUAGCCAUGAACAUUGCGAUGCUUAUCGCUGGAAGGUUGUUGCUUGGUUUUGGUAUUGGGUGUGCCAAUCAGGCAGUUCCAAUCUAUCUAUCAGAAAUGGCACCUUAUAAAUACAGGGGUGCUCUAAACAUGUGUUUUCAAUUGUCAAUUACCAUUGGUAUUUUUACAGCCAAUAUGUUCAACUAUUACUUUUCCAAGAUACUAAAUGGUGAGGGAUGGCGAUUAAGUUUGGGGCUAGGUGCGGUACCUGCAGUGGUUUUCAUUAUAGGCUCAAUUUGUCUUCCUGAUUCGCCAAACUCGCUUGUUACACGUGGUCGUCACGAAGAAGCAAGAAAGGAGCUUGUGAAAAUCCGCGGUACUGAUGAUGUUGAUGCUGAGUUUAGAGAUAUUGUUGCUGCUAGUGAAGCCUCGGCUAAAGUGAAACACCCUUGGAAAACCUUGCAGGAGAGAAAAUAUAGGCCACAGCUUGUUUUCGCCAUAUUGAUUCCUUUCUUCCAACAAUUCACUGGAUUGAAUGUGAUCACAUUCUAUGCUCCUAUACUGUUUAGAACAAUUGGUUUUGGAAGUCAAGCUUCUCUCAUGUCUGCCGCGAUCAUUGGAAGCUUUAAACCUGUUUCCACUUUGGUUUCAAUUUUUGUUGUAGAUAAAUUUGGACGGCGCGCCCUUUUCCUUGAGGGUGGUGUUCAAAUGUUGAUUUGUCAGAUUAUCAUGACAGUUGCUAUUGCUGUCACAUUUGGAACAAGUGGCAACCCAGGGAAACUACCUCAUUGGUAUGCAAUCACCAUUGUUGGGAUAAUCUGUGUAUAUGUUUCAGGUUAUGCAUGGUCUUGGGGACCUCUUGGAUGGUUAGUACCUAGCGAAAUUGUUCCACUCGAAAUUCGAUCCGCUUGUCAGAGUAUUACAGUUGCUGUCAAUAUGACUUCAACUUUCUUCAUAGCUCAACUCUUCACGGAAAUGCUUUGUCACUUCAAGUUUGGUUUGUUCAUCUUCUUUGGAUGCUUUGUGAUCCUCAUGACUUUCUUCAUCUACAAGUUUUUUCCAGAAACAAAGGGUGUCCCGCUCGAGGAAAUGCAUAUGGUUUGGAGGAAACACCCCUUUUGGGGAAAGUUUUUGGAGGCAGAGGAUCAAAAAAUACAAUCUUCUAAACUAGACACCUAAUUUUUAAUUUUUAACUGUUAGUUCUGAGUAUGUAGUACAAAGAAUAAAGGCAUUUAGUGUCAUGAAUUGAGAAGAUAUAGGAAAUAGAACAAAGUUACAUGAAAGUUACAUUUCAUGUCAGUUAGUUUUUUUACUAUGUGAAGUAGUAAUCUUGAAUUUUGAAUUUGUGUAUAAUUUUUGUUUUCUUCAUUUAAUAUAGCAAUGAUUUUUCAGUAGUUAUA